UAGUCAUUGGUUGACAUGUUAUGCAAUCAGUUAUAAGCGUUAAGUCAUUGCAGACAUUGAGUAAACUAUAGAUUCAUUUGACGAUCACUUUUCAGAGACUAUAGACUGACUGAACGUUAUAUUCAUUAGGCGUUUAACACUGUCUUCACAAUUAUUACCAUUGAUUACAUCUUUGAAAUCAAUUGCUAACAAAAUGCCGAUUAAGACAAUCAAAGCCCGACAGAUCUUCGACAGCAGAGGAAACCCCACCGUUGAGGUGGAUCUGACCACUGAUAAUGGACUGUUCAGAGCUGCCGUUCCCAGCGGUGCUUCCACUGGUAUCUAUGAGGCACUGGAACUUCGCGACAACGAUAAGACCAAAUAUAUGGGGAAAUCUGUGUUUACAGCAGUCAAUAAUAUAAAUAAUGAAAUCUCACCCAAACUUAUUGCACAAAAUUUUGACGAAACGGAUCAGAAAAAGAUCGACGAGUUUAUGAUUGCAUUGGAUGGCGAUUCAAACAAAAAGAAGUUGGGCGCUAAUGCCAUACUUGGUGUCUCACUUGCAGUUUGUAAGGCCGGUGCUGCCAAAAAGGGAGUUCCUCUAUAUCAACACAUUGCUGAUUUGGCCGACAAUAAAAAAAUAAUUCUUCCGGUUCCCGCUUUUAAUGUAAUCAAUGGUGGCUCUCAUGCGGGUAAUAAGCUUGCUAUGCAGGAGUUUAUGAUUUUGCCUACCGGUGCUUCAUCUUUUACCGAGGCUAUGAAAAUGGGAACCGAGACAUACCAUCACUUAAAGAAUGUUAUCAAAAAAGAUUUUGGUUUAGACGCGACCGCUGUUGGAGAUGAGGGAGGAUUUGCACCAAAUAUUCUUAACAAUAAGGAUGCAUUGAUUCUCAUUAAUAAAGCUAUUAAAUUAGCCGGUUAUGAGGGCAGCAUUGAAAUCGGUAUGGAUGUCGCCGCCAGUGAGUUCUAUAAAGAAGGCAAAUAUGAUUUGGAUUUCAAAAAUCCUAAUUCCGAUAAAACCAAAUGGCUUUCACCGGACGAAUUGGCAAAUCUUUAUCAAGAAUUUAUUAAAGAAAAUCCAAUGGUUUCUAUUGAAGAUCCCUUCGAUCAGGACGAUUGGGACGCCUGGACUAAACUUACGGCUAACACUAACAUCCAGAUUGUCGGUGAUGACCUAACGGUAACUAAUCCGACGCGCAUUCAAACAGCAAUCGAUAAGAAAGCCUGUAAUUGUCUUUUACUAAAAGUUAAUCAAAUCGGAAGUGUCACCGAAUCGAUUCAAGCUCAUCAAAAGGCCAAAAGUGAUGGCUGGGGAACAAUGGUUUCACACAGAAGUGGUGAAACUGAAGACUCGUUUAUCGCCGAUCUCGUUGUCGGAUUAUCGACCGGUCAGAUAAAGACAGGCGCUCCGUGUCGUUCCGAACGGUUGGCUAAAUAUAAUCAGAUAUUACGUAUUGAAGAGGAAUUGGGUGCUAAUGCUGUUUACGCCGGAAAAAACUUUAGAAAUCCACACAAGAAUUAGAAUAUUAAUUGCAAAAUUUUAAUGAUUUUUUUUGCAAACUAUACUCUAUAUCUAUUUUAUCUCAAAAUUAUUAUCUAUUAUAAUCACUGCCUUUGUUAAAAAAUAGUUUAAAUUUAUAGAAAUUUAUUUGAAUUAUAACAUAUAUUUAAUAUAAAUUAAACGAAACAAUUCCC